CAUUGGCUCCAAUGAACCAACUGAUAGUGCUUUAUUAUGACUGUGGUUUGGGGGAAGACUGCCGGUCUCAUAAAAGGGGCACCUUUAAUGGAUUAUAAUCUGGCAAAUCAAAUCCUGCCCGGUAACAAAGGAUCAAAGGAAGUCUUACAUUUUAGACAAACAAUCAUUAGGAAACAUGGUGGGAUUUAAACCCUCAGAUGUUCCCCCUCCACUGGGGGUGAAGAUGGCGAGUGCUGGGGCUGCAGCCUGUGUUGCUGACCUUUUCACAUUUCCCCUGGACACAGCCAAAGUCAGACUACAGAUUCAGGGAGAGAUGAAGGGAGUGGAGGGCAUCCGCUACAGAGGGGUGUUUGGGACCAUGAGCACCAUGAUCCGAACAGAGGGGCCCAGGUCUCUGUACAACGGGCUGGUAGCGGGGCUGCAGAGACAAGUGUGCUUCGCCUCCAUCAGAAUCGGCCUCUACGACAAUGUCAGAGAUUUCUACACUGGUGGCAAAGACAACCCCAGUAUACUGGUACGAAUCCUGGCUGGCUGCACUACGGGUGCCAUGGCGGUAUCUUUUGCACAGCCCACUGAUGUAGUCAAGGUUCGAUUUCAAGCCCAGGUGAACCUGGACGGUGUGGCUCGUCGGUACAGCGGCACCAUGCAGGCCUACAAGCACAUCUUCCAGAAUGAGGGCAUACGUGGACUCUGGAAAGGCACACUACCUAACAUCACAAGAAAUGCACUUGUCAACUGCACAGAGCUGGUUACAUACGACCUGAUCAAGGAGGCCAUCCUUGGACACAAACUGUUGACAGACAAUCUUCCUUGCCACUUUGUGUCCGCGUUCGGUGCCGGCUUUGUCACCACGGUGAUCGCCUCCCCAGUCGACGUGGUGAAAACUAGAUACAUGAACUCUCCACCUGGUCAGUACAAGAGUGCUAUCAACUGUGCCUGGACCAUGAUGACUAAAGAGGGGCCGACGGCGUUCUACAAAGGAUUUGUGCCCUCGUUUCUGAGGUUGGGAUCGUGGAACGUUGUGAUGUUUGUCUCAUUCGAACAAAUCAAGAGAGCCAUGAUGGUCACAAAGAAGAGGAUUGAGGACAGGAAUUAAGAUUCCCGUUUGACAGUUUGACUGAAACAUCUGAACCACCGCUGGGUUAGAAAUAUCAAUUCACAUUUUGGUUUUCUUUUGGUGACUAAGAAGAAAAUCCUUUGUUGAAGAAGGAAUAUUGGAGUUGUGUACCUUGUAUUUGUGUUUAUGAUGAAAUUGAAAUGCAAUUCUAUCUUUAUAUUUAUAUAUAUAUAUAAAUAUAUAUGUUUCAUGAUGAGCCUGUUUGAAAUUUAAUGGGAGUGAAUGGUGCCAACACUCUGCACUUUAAGAUCUAAAUCUGUCAAUCAUAGUUUGUGCAGUUUACAGCACUGCACCUUUAAAUAAUACUGGUGCCCAAAGUAAAAUAUUAAACAGGUUUAUGUGAACUCUAAAUAUAUUGUACUUGUUUUACAGACCCUGCGCUUGCUUUUUAACUUGUGCUAUCACUUUCACCACAAAAAGAAAACACAUUUCAAAACAUUAAAAUGUGUAUUUAUUA